GUAACAAUUGGCAAUUUCAUUCUUAUCAAUUGUUAUUAAACUAUUAUUUAGUUUCAGCUGUUCACAUUAUGGAUUCAGAAAAAAUAGAACUCGUAUCAUCCGACGAGGAUAAAAUAUCGAUUUCUUCAUCUAAUUUCGAUAAAAUUCGCAACGAGCAGCUGGAAUCAAUAAUAGAACGUCGAGAAGGUUCGAAGAUGCUGAAGUUGCCAUACCCGAAGGAAGUCGUCGCUCUGGUUGUUAAUUAUUUGCGUACAAAUAAUCCUCAGUUAAAGUCUUUGAACGACAGUUUCCAGUUGUAUGACUUGAGCAAAAAAUAUUCAAUUGACGAUUUAUGCAGGGAAUGCGAAAACUACAUUAAAGUUCGGUUAAAUAUGAAAACUGUGUGCGCAAUUUACGAUUUUGCCUGCAGAAUGAAUCACGCAUAUUUACGACAUUUUUGCUGGGAAAUAUUCGAUGCUCAUUGCCCAGAAAUAUUCGAGGGAGAAGACUUCAAAUCCUGUGGAACUACGACAAUACACAGGAUAGUGUCUCGUCCAUUAUAUACACGUAUGAGCGAAGUGGAUAUAUUUCUGGCCGUCUACAGCUGGAUAGAAGAGAAGUGCAAACGAGAGAUGGGAACGUCAUUUGUUCAAAUGGACGAAAACGCCAAGAAACAAAAGUAUCGGGAAGAAUUGCAACCGUUUCUUGAAAAUAUCAGAUUCUUAGCCAUGAACAAACAGGAAUUAAUUAAUAAAAUAUUCAAACUCAAUUUGUUUACUAAAGAAGAAAAAAAAUCCAUCCUCGUCUGUAAAGAAACGAAAAUUUUUCAGAUUUCCCGAGUUAUUUGAGCAAAAACUCGAACGACAGAUGCAGAAGCAAACCUUUAAAUUACACAUCUCUAUUUGAGUAUAAACAUAAAAAAGAAUCUUCUCGCGUAUCCGCAGACAGCAAUACACCAUUUCCAUUUUUCAGCACUGAGAUAUUUGUGAAAGAAGAUUGUUUCGUCACUGAUCUCAAUCUUCCCAUAACUUUUAAGAGUUACAUGUCUUUCAUUCCAGUGCAUAUCUAUGGCUACAUAAAUUCGGUAGAAAGCGGUGUUUUCCAUGACGAAAUCUACUGCAAAUUGCAAGGACAGGCAGAGUUAAAUGAACCAAUAUUCGUUGGGAAAAAUUCGACUUGUCGUCUGUCUGCAGUUUUUACUGAUGAACAAUGGCGAAAACACAAGAUAAGUUUGCCUUUACAAUCAGUCGACACUUUUGAAACUCCAGAGCAAUCUGAGGGAGUGUUAUUUAAAAAAAAGUUGAUUAGAGAUGAGAUCAUUGAAGAAAAAAGUGAUAAUUUAUACUUCCUGGUCUACUUAUACUUUUAAAAACAAUCCGUAUAUUGCUUCGUUCAUAUAAAUUCGAGAUACACAACCUGAAAAUUUAAAAAGUUGAAAUUAUUUUACUGUAUCAAAUUUUAUUUCGAUUAAUUGUUUAAAAAAUUUUCCGUUUGAUAAAAAUUUUGAUAAAAAUUUAAUUAAUAAUUAAAAGAUAAUACAAACAUUCUCGAAGUUUCUUUUCAAUUUUUAACACUUUUCUCACAGUAAGCAUUAAGGGGCAUUAUAUAACGUCAUC